AUGUCCAAUUUAUCAGCACAAUUAUCUGCUUUUAAAAACAAAAUUAAAAGUGGUCCUUCAGUGGCAGUUGCAAGAAAACCAAUAGUGAAACCAUCAUCUCCAUCAAAUGAAUCACCAAAUAAACCAAGUAAUAAUGAAUCAUCAAAUAAUACUAUCAAACGAUCGACGACUUCAACAGAUUCUACUCCAGAAAGAAAAAGACCAAGAAUACCUACGACUCAAGAGAUGAAUGGAGCUCAUUUAUCUACUCAAUUACAUUUAGCCGUUGAAUUUAUCAAAGAACAAGAUCAACCUGUUAGCAUUUACAAACUACAAGAUCAUUUAUCUAUAGAUGUUCAAAGAUCCCUACUACCGUUAUUAAAAGAGAUUGAUAGAGUUAAAUUUAAUAGUAGUAAUAAUACUUUCACAUAUGUAUCACUACAUAAUAUUAAAAAUUCAGAUGAUUUAUUAGAAUUUUUAAGAAAACAAACUACUUUUAAAGGUACAUCAGUAAAAGAAUUAAAAGAUGGAUGGACAGGAUGUUUAGCAGCAAUAGAUGAAUUAGAAGAAGAAAAUAAAAUAUUAGUAUUAAGAAAUAAAAAAGAAAAUGCUCCAAGAUUAGUAUGGGCAAAUGCUGGUGGUAAAAUAGGUGAAAUAACAGAUGAAUUUAAAAAACAAUGGAAUGAUACAAAAUUACCUGAACCAGAUAUUUUAUAUCAAUCAUUAAUUGAUCAAGGUUUAAAACCUACUGGAGCUGAUCCUUCAUUAAUUAAUAAAAAACCUCAACAACAAGAAAAGAAACAAAAGAAAGCUAGACGUGGUAAGAUUACUAAUACUCAUAUGAAGGGAAUUUUGAAAGAUUAUUCUCAACUAAUGUGA